AUGCCUGAUUACUUCUUCCAUGUUGCCGUUGAACUCUUCACAGAUCAUCCGCCCAACCACCAACACCAUCCCGAAUCCCACCCUCCUGACCUGUCGCAGUUCUUCAAAGCCUUGAAACCCUUCACACGCUCACCAGCUGGAAGACAGUCGCGGAGCAAUAUAUCUGACCACAGAAAGGCCCUACCCCUCCAACCUCAACGUUUGCAGCCCGCCACUCAUGAAAGUGAACUUGCCCCGGAGAUCCCACACUCCGAUUCAAAAGAUCAUCGCUUGGACACAGUGACCCUUGAAAGCGCAGACAUGGCAACACAGUCAGGAGGCGGAGAACAUUCCAGCCAGAAUGGAAAUAUAAUUGAAAAGGGUAUCGGCACUGCCAUUUCAGGACGUCACAUGAAAGGCCGCUACGAACCUUUAGAAGCCAAUGGUGGGGUGGAAGGCUGGGGGAUAGUACAUCUUUACAGAGAUUCAGAAGAAACGUCAGGUCUAUACCAGGAUUCAGUAUACCGUUCAAGUGAUCUGUGGAGUGAUGGACUGCGCCAUCCAUCUGGCAAAAUACAUCCCCCUCCCAAAGACGAGGAGUGUACCACGCUCUGUAUCCUUGCAGUUCCCUCAUACAUGACACCUUCCGACUUUCUGUCUUUUGUGGGCGAAGGGACAAGGAGCCAGGUCAGCCAUUUCAGAAUGGUUCGGACCUCGCGAGCAAACCGGUACAUGGUCUUGAUGAAGUUCAAGCACGGGAAACAGGCAAGAGUAUGGCAGAAUGAGUGGAACGGCAAGGUAUUCAAUACUAUGGAGCCAGAAACGUGCCAUGUGGUUUUCCUGAAGUCUGUGGAGCUCAUACACACCUCUUCCAUGGAACAGAACAGUGGGCUUAGUUCGCCAACAACAAGCUAUCCUCGCAUGUCCAACGAUCCAUUUAUUCCUGCUGGUACAUCAACUAAACCUCUUGCACCGAGAACGCCUUCCUUGAUUGAACUGCCGACUUGCCCUGUCUGCCUCGAGCGCAUGGAUGAGACGACAGGUCUAUUGACCAUACCCUGUCAACACGUCUUCCACUGUACGUGCCUGGAGAAAUGGUCAGGCGGCGGCUGUCCUGUAUGCCGAUACACUCAUGAUGAUUUUUCAAGCCGCCUUGGUUCUCACAAAUUCAAGAGCAAAGUGCAAGGGGAAUUCGAAGUAUAUGACGGCCCUCGGGAGUGUGAUGUCUGUCAUGUCGAAACGAGCCUUUGGCAAUGUCUCAUUUGUGCCAAAGUGGGCUGUGGAAGAUAUGAAGGUAAACAUGCAUACACCCAUUUUGAGGAGACCGGACACGCGUUCAGUAUUGAUCUUGAAUCCAAACGAGUCUGGGACUACGUCGGUGAUGGCUAUGUCCAUCGUAUCAUACAAAAUGCCGGCAGCCCGGGUGAGAAAUUGGUCGAGUUGCCUGGGAGAAUGCGGGAGCCCACUGCACUCCAGGGACAGGAAGAUCUGGAUUUUCUGAAAAUGGACAACAUGGCCUUGGAAUAUACCCACCUUUUGACCAGCCAAUUAGAGAGCCAGCGGAUUUAUUUCGAAGAAAUUGUGGAGCGAGCCGUAGAUAAAGCGACCGAAGCGAACAACAGAGCCGAGGAAGCGACAACAGAGGCCCGCGUUGCAAUCCAAAAGCUGCAUAUUCUUGAAAGUGAGCAUGACCUGGUAGCGAAAGGACGUCUCCCAGAGUUAGAGAGGGAAAAGGAGCGACUAGCGAAACGCAGCUCCAAGUUCGAAGACAUGGCUCGCUCGUUCAACGCAAAGUACCAGGAGGAAAAGGCCCUGACCACCAGUCUAAUGGAGCGGGUUAAAUUUCUGGAAGAGUCGCAGAUCCAGGAGCUCAAUAAUAAAGUGCAACGGCUCGAGGAAGACAACGCGACGAAAGAUCUGCUCAUGGAGGGUCUGAGAGACGAACACCGUGACGCGAUGAUGCAGAUUUCCGCGCAAAGAAAACUAGAGGAGAUGGUGGAGAGGGGCGAACUGGACCAAGAGGAUCUCGACGGUGCCGUUAUCGAGGCCGGGCCAGCUGCGAAGAAGAAACUCCCCCUUCGGAGAGGGAGGAAAGGCGUGCAUGCUCAAACGAGUAGUAGCAGCGGUCUCGUUGCAGCUGGCUCAACAAGGCUCCCUAAUCCCUCUUCUCCCCCCUCUCCGGCUCCUGCCACCGACACCUUCACCAGUGCAGGUCUCUACCGCGACCUCCUGGGCGCCAAUUCGCCAAGCAACGACUGGAACGAGGAGAAAGCCAGACUGAUCCUUGAAGAAUGCAGGGCGAAGUUGCUUGGUGAAGGCUUACUGGUGCCAUCGGGUUCGAAUGCCACAGCUGUUGAGAUGGAGGACAGUGACGGGGACGCUGAACUCGAUGGUGAAGGAGCCGGCGAACAGCAGCCGCAGGGUGAAAAGAGCAAGUCCACUAGAAAGCGGAAGGGGAAGAAGAAGGCGAAGAAGUAA